AUCUAUUUCGAUUGUCAGUAUGCAAGGUGCAACCGAAACGGCUACCGAGAAAUAUUCUGCUGUCCUAAAUAACUUGCGUAUGCUGUCUGAGAAGAAGAAGGCCUCUGCCCUUCUUCCGGUUAUGCGUAAAAUGACUAAAUAUCUUCACAAGGCUGAUUAUCAACUUAUUGACACUGUAUUGCAACAUAUCCUUGUUCUUGUUUAUUUGAAAUGUGGAAUUCUUAACGACGAUAACAAAGUGGUAAAUCUUAUCCAUCUGUUUUGUGUUCAUUGUGCGAAUUCUGUUUCUCAGGAGCAGUGUGCUGCUUACGCAAACCAACUCCUGGCAGAAACCGAGCAAACCUACUCUGCUCGUGCUCUCUCCGCGUUAAAGGCAAGUUGCGUUCUUCUAAAAGUUUCGGGAAAUAACAACGCAUUAAAAGAUCUCCUUCUGCGUAGCGUAAACGACGCCAAGACUGGUUCUAGCUAUCUCAGCUCCUGCCUCCCCGAGUUGUUCUGCAUCCUGCAUUACAGCAAUCUGGACUGUGCGGAGCUGGACGACAUCAUCACCUGGGGCUUCUCCUCCCAGGACGUGGGCGUGCUCCGCCACUGCCUCGGCAUGCUGCUCUCGCUCUUCGAGGUGGACCCCACGCGCGCGCAGAGGCUUUUAGGCUCGGUGUUGAACGACCAGGCUCUCGCAAAACUGAUCAGCGAGGACGGAAUCGCUUCGGUGUGCUCGAUCCGCUGCUGCUGGGCGCUUUACAAGGCCACGAAGAGCGCCAACGUGCUGACGUACCUCGCCUCGAUGGCGUGUCAAGGCGUGGUGGCGUCGCGCAUGCUGGCCAUGGAGCUGCUCUCGCUGCUUCCGUACGAAGUGCUGUCGACGCUUCCCUCGACCACCUCGACGAAUAAGGACAGUAGGGCUGCGGAUUGGCGCCGAGCGGUAGGCUUGACGCAGUCCAUCGCGGAGACGGUGCGCGACUGGCUCCUCGCCUACAAGAACCAGAACGAUAACGUGGGUCUGAUGGCGGUGGCGCGCGUCCUGAUCAAUCUGGCGCAGUGUCUCACCACGCACUUCGGCUCUCGCAAUCGCAUCGACGGCUCCGCGGAGCUGCAGGCCACGCAGCAGGCUCUGAACACGAUCUACACCACGCUGGUCGCCUUCAAGACUUCGAACAGCGUCUAUCUGCAGUCCACGCUGCUCAAAGCGUCGAUCUGGCUGGUCGAUCCGCCCACUGCCGAAACGCAGAGCGUCUACGUCGAUCUGGUGCGUCGCACGCGCGAGCUGCGCCUCCCCGUCGAGGUGGCCGACGAAGUGCUGCAGCAGCUGGCGGGCCGCGCGCUGAAGACACCGACGCUGGCGUACUUCGCGAUGGAAGUGAUGUGGGCGUGGUUCCUGCAGAACCCGAUGAAGGUGAGCGUGAACGCGCUGCUGUCGACCUGGAAGGCCUGCUUCGCGCUGCGCGACAUGGUCAACUGCAGCGCCGUGGUGGACUCGGUGUUCCGGUUCCUGGACUUCUCGACGCCGAACGAGGAGUUCCAUAAGCAUCUCGCGCUGCUGAAGUGCGCCGCGUACUGGUUCCUCGGCGAGUGCUGCGAGUUCUUCGCGAUGGCGGACGGCCUGCUGGAGUGCCGCCAGAUCAUCCAGUCCAUUCUGCUGCGUCUGCAGAAGGCGGCGGUGCUGGGCGACUGGGAAGUGCGCCGCGAAGCGAUCCGCUCGCUGGGGAAAAUCGCGCUGGUGAGCGAGGACCCGAUCCGAAUCUGCGUCUAUGAAAUGCUGCAGAAUCUAACGAAGAUGGUGAGUAGCGAGGACGCGGAGGUGUACAACGAUCUCGUCGAGCCGAUUCUGGAUGUGCUGGACGAUGUGUACGAAGCCAUCGAGAACGAUGAAGACCCCACGCCGAUCCUGAAGAGCGAAGCCGCACUUUUCCAUCAGAGCGUUAUCAAUUGA